AUGUUCAGUUCCCUUAUUCGCCAUAUAAGCUCAUUGAAGCAGCGCAUCCCACUGUUAAAACAGCUACAUAUCAACUUCAUAUUCUUACACUAUAUAUACAUUCUCUCCUGGGUGAUCAUUGGCGCUGUCCUUGUAUAUGGCGAGCGCAAUAUCUCCUUUACUGAUGCACUCUUCCAGGCGGCCGGUGCCGCCACUCAGAGCGGCUUGAAUACGGUCAAUAUGAACAGCCUCAAGCUUUACCAGCAGAUCGUGCUUUAUUUCAUUACUAUGUUUUGCACUCCUAUCUUCAUCCAUGGCGCUCUGGUUUUCAUCCGACUUUAUUGGUUCGAGAAGCGGUUUCAAAAUGUGGUCCGGGAUGCUCGCGCGUUGCGAACGACACGUUCGCGCAUGGACACCGUUACCGGGGACAAACAAAGCGAUGAAAUACAUCGUGCCGAGCUGGGAGUGGGUGGUCGGCCGAUUGUGGUGCUUCGAAAUAAUUCUGGUGAUGCGCGAGAUAGCCGACUGCCUUCUCCAUCCCCCUUUACACGAAACGAAGAAUCGCAUUCAGAGGGCGAAUCCCCUGGCGGGAAGCUCGAAAGUAGCCGAACCAGCUCGGAUGAUACGGAGCAAGGCCCUGAACGUCGCUUCGGACUUGGCAGUCUUCGCGUGCCUACCCAGCUGAACCCGGAAGACCAUAUUCGCUUUGUGGAAAACCAGCGGAAGAAUAAAGGUGCCCUGCGUAUUCCCAGUCCCCGCGAGUACGACCGUGGCGGAGUUCCCGAGGCCCUCGGAGACGAGGACAACGACGGUGAUAAAGACACAAUUCAGCCGAUGAGUCCUACGUUCCACAGGCGCAACAGUGCGUUUUCUGAGAACGAUCACAUCGGUCCCCUCGAAGGCCCACAUAUCACCAUCAACGAACCAGAUCAUUUCCCUCGGACUCGUACCCGCCAAAGCACUUUCCCUCGCAUAGAAACUCGACCAACCUUCCAAAGUGCCGCCACCAAAGAUGUAAAUGAUAAUGAAAAUGCCGGGAUAGAACCGCUUGCUACGGGGAACACAUUCCGCGGAAUCCUGCGCUCAAUGACGCAAGAAAGAUCAGCUCCCUCUCAGCCAUACCUGAGUUGGAACGCGACGGUAGCGCGUAACUCCAACUUCGUCGAUUUAACGGAAGAGCAGCGUGACGAAUUAGGCGGCAUUGAAUAUCGAGCCCUGAAGACCCUAGCAGUGGUCCUCAUCUCUUACUACGUCGGUUUUCACCUACUCGGCCUGGUAUGUAUGGUUGGUUGGAUUAUGGGUGAACCCCGAUGGGGAGACAUUGUCAGAGCAGAUGGUGUUGGUCGACCCUGGUGGGGAAUUUUCACUGCUGCCUCUGCCUUCAACGACCUGGGUUUUACUCUGACACCGGAUUCCAUGUACUCCUUCCAAUACGCUGUUUUUCCUCUCCUGCUCUUGAGUUUCCUGGUCAUUAUCGGUAACACGGCGUUCCCGUGCAUGCUUCGAUUUAUGAUUUGGACUCUAUCAAAACUCACGCGACAAGGCACUGCGCUCUGGGAAGAACUCAAGUUUCUUCUUGACCACCCGCGUCGAUGCUUUACCCUUCUCUUUCCUCGAAAUGCUACCUGGUGGCUAUUGGCCAUUCUGUUUGCAUUGAACGGUAUUGAUCUGAUCUUCUUCAUCAUUUUGGACUUGAACGACUCGACAGUAACAGCACUGCCGCCUGGCAUCCGAGUUCUUGCCGGCUUCUUCCAGGCCGCAUCGACUCGAACAGCCGGUUUCGGAGUCGUUAGCCUUUCUGACCUCCACCCUGCUAUUCAAGUCUCUUACCUAGUCAUGAUGUAUAUUUCCGUCUUCCCAAUCGCCAUUUCUGUGCGUCGCACAAAUGUGUACGAAGAGAAAAGUCUAGGCAUCUACGGUUUCGAAGACGAGCAAGAGGAAGACUCGAACCACCCGAGUUAUAUCAGCGCCCAUUUGCGCCGCCAGCUAAGUUUCGACCUGUGGUACGUCUUCCUCGGGCUAUUCAUCAUAUCAAUCGCCGAAGGAGGUCGCCUGCAGUCCACAGAUGACUACAACUUUCAAUUAUUCAACGUCCUUUUCGAGGUCGUAUCCGCAUAUGGUACUGUCGGUCUCUCGUUCGGCUAUCCCGGCAUCGACACCUCUUUCUCCGGCCAGUUCAACGUCGUUUCCAAACUUGUCAUCAUUGCCAUGCAGAUCCGUGGUCGCCACCGUGGUCUGCCCUACGCUCUAGACCGCGCCGUCCUCCUUCCGUCUGAUGCACUCAACCGCCGCGAGACAGCAGACAUGGAGCGCCGUAUACGCCGCCGUGCUUCGAACCUCAGCGGAAUAGAAACUGUCGGUCAUGCGCCAUCACGAACAGCCUCCCAGGCACGUACAGAUGCGAACGGUAUCUCUACUGGCAUGGAGACCCGUGAUUGGCAUUUCCAGCCUGCUACAAACGGAGAUUCUAUCGUCCAAAGGUCUGGAACCUUGCAUUCGGACCAUUGA